UGUUUUAAUAUUAGAGAAGGAAUGUUAACCUUGUGUGAGUUACCGUAAAGCACUGUAAAGGGUUUAAAGUAGAGUGAAGUAGAGGAUCAAUGUCAAAAACAAUUAUAAAACUAUACAGCAAAAGUUAUUAAUUUUGAUAAUCAACACAUAAGAAUAAGUCAUGGAUAUUCGUGGAAUAGAGGUUACAAACCAACUCAGGAGUGCUAUUCGUGCAAAGCUGUUAGAAUUAGGUGUUCGUUAUGAUGAAGAAUUACCUGACUAUAUACUAGUGAUGGUUGUAAACAAAAAGUCGCGGCAGCAGAUGCAUGAAGAUUUACAUCUGUUUUUAGAAGACAACACUACACCAUUCGUUGAAUGGUUGCAUGAUCAAGUGUUGAAGAAACUACAAAAAGUUACAGUUACGAAAAAAAAAGCUACUAAAGAGUUUGUACCUUCAGUAAUUGUAAAGCAGGAAGAGGAGCGUAACAAUCGGAAAACUGCUACUUCUUUUUUAGAAGACCAUACUCCAACAGAAGAAUUUCAUCAAUUAUUGGGAAAAAAUUUAAAAGAAGAUAAGGAAGUUGAAAAGGAAAUACUGACCAAGUUAAAGUUGGCACACGAGACUGGAGAGGCUUCUCAAAAUAAUGUAAGCCUAGUCAGUCGUAAAUUAGAGUUGACUGAUCAUUCUAGAAAAACAAUAUUUUUUCCAGAAGAAUUGCGAACUUCUGACUUUAUGAAAGUUAUUAAGCCGCUACAACAAUCUGCUAAUCUCACGCAUUCAUUCUCUAAAGUCAGUUCACUUGAACCUGAAUUUGAAAAUAAUUCCGCCUCAGAUAAAAGUAUUACAUAUGGGAAACGUUCAAAAAAUACUGAGCAAGAAGACGAUUUUUGUAACCGUGACUACAAGAAACUCAAAUCUAGUGUGUGUAAACCUGAAAUAACGUCUGUAGUAUCUGUCAAGAAUCGUCUUGGUAUCGUUUCACCCAGAAAGAACUUUCAAUCUCAGCAUAAUAGAGCAAAUUUCUAUAAUCGACCCAGACAUGGAGAUCAACAUGAAUUUGAGUACAGCACCCACAGAAAUAAUAUUCCUCGAUCAAGAAAUUUGGCAACUAAUGGAAAUUUAAGAAGGGUUCAGGGUAUUCAAAUCAAAGUAGGAGUCGCAGGAAGGGCAAUUGACAUCAAGCGACUUCCUGGUAGACCAAGAGAUGGUAGAUUGAAUAUGAAUUUAGAAGCGCGGCAGAAAAAUAAAACAAAAGAAACAUUGGUUCAUAUAGUUAAAAAUCGUUUAGGUAGCAGCACUAAAAUACUAAAGCAGUCUACAGUGAAAAUGCAAGAAAUCAACAAAGACAAAAUAAUUGCAAGUAGGAAGUUAGAAAGAGAGCAAACCAAUUUUAGAGGAAAAAACGUAAAAUACAGAUUAGGACCGAUAAGAAAGAAAUUUAAUGCAACUAACAACACUAGUAACGUAAAUUUUUUUAUGCAGAAUUCAAAAGUAGACAAUGACUCCGAUUCUUUAAAUGUGCUGAUUCUAGAUGAUAUAGAGGAUGAAGAUCACUCUGUCGUCAAUAUGGCAUCUGUAAAAUCUCAUGUAGUGGCGGUUCAAAAAUUCUUGCCAGAAAAGACUAAUCGAAAGAAAUUUAAAUCAAAUGAGAAAGAAUUUAGCGAUCCUAAUGAUGAAGACUGUAAAGAUUGUCAAGUACCAAGCAAAGUCAUUGUUACACCAAGACCUUUGAAGCCUUUACAGCCGACUCAGAAACGAGCAACUCAAUCCUUAUUAUUGAGAGCAGUAGCUGAAGCUAACCAGUCUGUGGUGAAACAAAGAAAUCCAGAACCAUCUUAAGUGAUAUUGUUGCUGGUCAGCUGUUUUAUUCAUGAGGUUUGCCUGGCCAUCUUGUAGCUCACCAUCACCAACGUCCUGCAUGCUGUGGUCCCCAGCGGUUGUUCCAAAGGUGCUACGAGAUAUUCGGGUAUGAUGUAAGGAGCUGUCUUCUUACGAAAAUCAGAUUUUCGACAAAGAGGGUUCUCUCCAAGCCUCAUGUUUUUCAAGGUUGCGGAUAGAGGGUCCCUGUAUCAAGGGUUUCUGCUGAAUAGGGUUUCAGUAAUUAAUAAGCAAUCGCGCACAAUUAUCGACGGAUGCUCCCGAAGGAAUUAAUCCCUCAGUGAAGGAAUAGCAACCGUGUCUAACGCUAAACUGCCCAUGGGUAAGGUGUUUUAAACGGCGAAUCUGGGAUACCGGACGACCUCUCAGAAUAUCCAACCAUAUUUUUCCAUGCGGGGCUAAAUAAGGAUGAGCAAAUUUUUUCCGUAGAUGCUCGUUGGAACAACAAUGAUAACACCAAACACAGUUGUAGUAAGUGUGGCUCAAAAAGAUCAAACGCGAUGAAUCGGCAUAGUGUCAAUACUUUUGAGUGGACAGAUCAACUCAGGUAAAACCUGCUGGAGUGCUACUUUAUCAGAAUGUCCCCUAAACGAGAAGGUAACACGGCGCGAUUGCAUGCUCCGUGUGAGACACACCCAGAGCUUUCGCCCUUUUCGUAUUAAGUUUUCGAAACCGAGCCGAGGACAUCGGGAAAAAGGGUUAUAGAAGCCAAACGCCUACUCUACCCCAGCCAGAACAAGCCGGCAAUAGAGAUUUGUUAAGUUAACUUAACAUUAACAUGUGUUGUCGCUGUGGUCGCUGACACGACAACACAUGAAAUAAUUCAAAAUUCUUCUUUUUUUAAAUUGCAUAAUUCAUCACUAAUUUUGUUCUAAUUUUGUACUUCAUUAAAAAAUGUUGUGCUUUUAAAUUUUUUGGAUAAAUCGUGUGGCUUCCUUUGGCCAAACGUUAAGCUUGCACAAACACACUGUAAAACAUAUGAAAUACUGCAAAAAUUGCAGUUGUCAAUAUGACAUAACUUGAUGAUGUAACUUAACAGUAUUAAUUUAGCACCAAGUUAUGUCAUAUUGACAACUGGAAUUUUUGCAGUAUUUCAUUUUAUUUUUGGUUUACUGGAACAUUCUUGGUGAUGUAACUUAACGGUAUUAAUUUAGCAUCAAGAAUGUUCCAGUAAACCAAAAAUAAAAUUAUUUUUCAAGUAAAAAAGUUCAAUACGCACCUAAAUAACAGACCUAACCUACAAUAAACUGUAGUCACAUUACAUUUGUACCAUUCAGGGCGAAUUUUAGAAAAAGUUCCAUAUGUACGUUGCACUUCAAUCAUAAAAAGCAAUUCAAUCGACGAAUUCUCGAUUAUUAUUUUUAAUUGAGAAUAUUUAAUAAAAUUUAAAGAAAUAAAAGCACUUUGAGUCUUAAAGCAUACUGUUAUACUGAUCUUUAUAUUAUGUUUAACAUAUCAUGUACAGCUUUUUUUACUUUGAUGUAUAUUAAAUUUCAACUACUUUUUGUGCAAAUGACUUCUUAUAAAUUUGUAUUACAUUUUUUUUACCGAUUUUUGUAACAGUUUAUGCUAUGAAAACUCCUUCAAACAUCCUUGUAGUAACAUAAUUUUUUAAAAUUAAUAACAAUACAGACUGUAAGUUUUGAAAAAUGUCGGUCAAAUUAAAAUUUUGAAGGAAUAAUAAUUAGAAUUUGCUGAGGUCUUGGAAAGUAAAGAAGACAGGCGAUAUUGACCACCGCUUAGUACAAAGGAACACCUUAAUUAAGGUCAAUGGAGUAGUAAAUGAACUGUCAUUGUGAGAGAUCGCGGCCACAAAAUGUUGUCAUAAAACCCUCAGAAAUAGGUACUUUUUGUCUAGCAAGAAUCGUGUCCGAGGUAUCUUCAGGUGCUGCUCCCAUGAAAAUGGGCCAAUGGACAAAGAAUCUUGAAGUACUCCACCCACAAAAAACAAUUUGUGAUUUUAAAAUGACAAUCGAGGUGACAAUUGUAUUUUCUGCUUCUUUACUAUGUUUGAUCUAGAAUGCAAAAGUGUAAUGUAUUUGUUAUUUGUCUGCAUUAUAAAUAUAAUAAUAAUUAUUAUUAAUAUUAUUUGAAAAUGUAUGUCGUUGGGAAGAGGAAAGAAUGAAUAAGAGAAUCAUUUAAUAAGAAUAGUCCUUCUCUAAAAUAAUAAGAGUUAUAGUUUCAGUUGAUGGGCAGGGACAAAUAGUGUCAAAAUUUUGUGUCUAAUAAAACUGAUGAAAAUGUAAGAUUUACUAAUGUAAAAUCUUAUUAUUUAACCAAGGUCAGACGUAUUCAGCAGAACUAAAAUUUAUAUUUGACAUCAGCAAUAGUAGCUUUAGUAUCAAAUAUCAAACAGAAGUUGUAUUUUUGCAAUAGGCAAUAACUUCCAAUUUUUAAAUAUUUUAAUUGUAUAAUUUGAAUUGAAAUCAUU